UAUGCUGCUGGGCUCGACGGUGGUGGUGUCGAGAAGCAUCCAGCUCGCCCGCAUUCCUCUUCGCCCUCUCUGGCGACAGCCUGACGGAGACACAGGGAAAAAAGAACCAAAGGCAGACAGAAAAACUAAAACGCUCCACCACCACCAUCUUUCAACUGGAUUUUUUGUUUUUUAAUAAACCGAGAGUGGACUCAACACGGGAGACCGGAUGACCAAAUAUGGCCUGCGACUAAAUAAGCACGUCAGAGCCUGCUGGUGGACUUUUGGACCUAAUAGCAGCGUGAAAGGAGACGAAAAAACAUUUGAUUGUCGUGGUGUUCCGUGCUGAAUGUCGACUAAAAUGAAGUGGAGCUUCGGUGGAACAACAACGAAGCUCUCCGCGGUGGCUAUCCUGUGUUGUUUUAAUACCAAGAUGGCUGAUGACAGCUAGCCCUAACAAGGACAGCAGCAAAGAGAGAGAGAGAGAGCGGCGUCCCCUUUUUCAAACAUCUCCUUAACGUUUAUAUAUUUUUGUAUUUUUCUCCGGAUAACACUGCUUUUUUAUACAUAUAUAUAUAGCAUUUACAACAAUAAUGCAUUUGUGACGAAAGUGCGUGUUAAAACGGUGAGGUGAGUCUCCCUGAUUUGAGUCGAGAUAAGGAAGUGGAUCAAAUAUGUCGUCGAAUUGUGAAAAAUCGAAUUAAAUCGUCUUUUUUUUUUUAAAAGCUUUUUUUUUGUUUAGCUUAGCUCAUUUAGCUUCGCUCCACCACUUAAGAGCCGAAAAAUGCCGAGAAUAUUUCCUUCUUUAUUAUUAUUUAUGAUUUAGCCACCUAAUAAGAUUAGAAGGCGCUUUGUUGUCGAGUGGAAAGUUCUAGAAGGGAAAUAUACGUAUGUGCAUUUUUAUUAUGGCGUUUUCACGUCCAAUUGAAGCCUCCGAGGCGACGCCGCUGUUAAUCCGACGUGAGCGAGCUUGUUCCGGGUUGGUGGUGCAUUCACGGCCGCUGUAAGAGAACCGAGCCCUGGCUUUUCUGCAAGGGGAAAAAGAGGGGGAUUGAAUCAUCCAUCCAUCCUUUUUUCUACCGCUUAUUCCCCUUAGGGGUCGCUGGUGCCUAUCUCAGCUACAAUCGGGCGGAAGGCGGCGUCCACCCCGGACGAGUCGCCGCCUCAUUGCAGGAAUCAUCCAUCAAUCCAUCCAUUUUCUACCGCUUAUUCCACUUAGGGGUGGCGGGGGGCGCUGGUGCCUAUCUCAGCUACAAUCGGGCGGAAGGCGGCGUACACCCUGGACAAGUCGGCACCUCAUCGCAGGGUCAACACCGAUAGACAACAUUCACACACUAGAGCCAAUUUUUUUUUUUUUAAAGAGCUGCGUUAGUGUAUUUGUAUGUGUGGUAAAUCAGGGUGUGGACCCGUGUGGUUCAGUUCUGAGUCCAGGUUGAUAUUAAUCGUAUUUAAUUAGUAAUUUUGCCUGUUUAGUUAUCCGUGCCUUGUUUUGAAUUCCAAGGUUUACCUGCAGGCUUGUAGCUUCCUGUAGGCCACACAAACACAGGCCCUGUAGUGUGUGUCAUCGUGGGGAAGUUUGCAUUCAGCCUCUCUCUCUCUGCUAUCAGUUUACUGGAACUUCAUGCUACAGCAAUAACUAACCGCAAGUCAAAGACUUUGUGAGGGCCGAGUUACUUUGGCGUGAUCCGGUCGUUUUUUGUUUUUUUUUCCUUCACCCCCAGCCCCUCCGAAACUGGCAGGUUUCGGGUUUCCUAGGAACAGAAAGACGGAAACCCGGAGGAGCCGGCGUACGUCCGCCCGUGCCACCAUGACGUCCGACAUGGCCGAGACGUGGAGGAACUGUUUCGAGGAAGAGCUCAUAUGCCCCAUCUGCCUGCACGUCUUCUCCGAGCCCAUCCAGCUGCCCUGCAAGCACAACUUCUGCCGGGCCUGCAUCAGCGAGGCGUGGGCCAAGGACUCGGCGAUGACCCGCUGCCCCGAGUGCAACCACGCCUACGCGCAGAAGCCCAGCCUGGAGAAGAACCACAAGCUGUCCAACAUCGUGGAGAAGUACAACGCCCUGAGCGUGGAGAAGGCCCAGUCGCCGCCGCCGCAGUGCAUCCUGUGCCGCCGCGGCCCGCCGCUCCCCGCCGUCAAGGUGUGCCUGCGCUGCAACGCGCCGUGCUGCCAGUCGCACGUCCAGACGCACCUGCAGCAGCCGUGCUCGGCGCUCGGGCACCUGCUGGUCGAGGCCGAGGCCGUGAAGGCGUGGACGUGCCCGCAGCACGACGAGUACCGGCUCUACCACUGCGAGGCGGAGCAGACGGCGGUGUGCCAGUACUGCUGCUUUGCCCGCUGCCACCCCAGUCACGGGCACGCCGUCGCCGACGUGGAGCUCCGCCGCAACGACAUCAGACAAAGCUUGCUGAGGCAGCAGGAGCGCGUGGAGGAGCGCGUGCAGGAGAUCGAGGAGCAGCUAUGCAAGCUGGAUUCAGACAAGUGUGUGGUGGAGGACCGCGUGUGCGAGCUGAAGGAGGACGUGCGUCUGCAGUACCAGCGCAUGCACCAGCUCCUGGAGGAGGACCUGGGACGCACGCUGGAGGCCCUGGAGCGGGCCCAAGCCCGCUUCUGCCAGGAGAACGCCGCCCAGGUGCUGGCGCUGGGCGAGCAGCGCCACGAGGCCCAGAAGCUGAUGAGCUCCAUCAACACGGCCUUUGGCAAGGCGGAGGAGCUGAGCUUCAUGAAGAACACCAAGCCCGUCAAGAUCCUCACUGACAGGUCCCAGGCCUGUGUGGGGAACAGUCUGGCCCCCUAUAAAGUAGGGAACCUCAACGCCAAGCUGUUCCUCUCCGAAAUCUCCAAACGAGAGAAGAGCUUGAAGAGAACUCUGGAAGCACCCUUAACGCCUCCCGCCAGCUUCCUGCAGUCCGUCCCGGCGUACCCGAGCGGCCAGAGCUCCCUUUCCGGAGCGGAGAAGCGCAAACAUUCCACGGCCUUCCCGGAGGGCGCCGGGAAGAACGCCGCGCCCGGUUUCAAGGACGCCUCCUCCUCCUCCUCGUCUUCCUCCUCGCUGGCGAGCAAGCAGCCCUACCUGGGCUCCGCCUCCUCGUCCGCCGGGGAGGGUCAGUCCACCAAUCAGCAGCCUCUGGGCCCGUGCGGCCCGCCUCACAUUAGCGAAGGCGGCGGCGGGAGCGCGGGGAGCGGCCCGUUGGCCAGCCACCACUCGGGCGCCGUCUUCGGCACCUCGCACUUCCCCCCCGGGGGCGGCGGCGGCGGCUCCUCGCAUUCCUCCCAGCAGGCCGUGCUGCCCCAGUACGGCGGUCGCAAGAUCCUGGUGUGCACCAUGGAUAACUGCUACUGCUCCGGCGUGGCGUCCGUGUCGGGCCACCGCGGCCACCCGCCAUACUCGCGCUCGGGCUCCUUCCCCUGGGUCAGCGCCCAGGACUACCCGCCGCCCCCCGGCCUGGCCUCUGGGGGGCCGUCCAUGCAGGGGCUGGCGGUGCGAGACUGGAUAGACGCCUCGCAGUCGCACAGACACGCCGACUUCUACGGUCUGUACGGCCAACCCUCCACUAAGCACUACGUCACCAGUUAACUACACACCCUCCUAACCCGCACACCUCAAGGACUCAACACACACAUUCGGGGGCAGGGUUGAUCCGUGUUUGAUUUCCUUCCUUUUGGCUCGGCGUGUGUUUUUUUUCUUACGUACCUUUUCAAGACGAAACAUUUUAGGAGAAGAUAGAGCAGGACUAUGUGUUUUUUUAUUUAUGACGCUUUGGCGAGGAAAAGGAACCUCAGCGUGGUGGAACCCUCCAGACCUCCCCCCAAGGCUCGGGUGAAAGAGAGGAAAAAGAUGGAAGCUCCGGCUGUUCUGAGGUCAGUUGCCUUACGUCGUCCUUUCUUUCAGCCUUGUUCACACUGCAGGUCCUUGCCCGUCUUUUUGCCCGCACGUGUCGGAUGGAACACAACGGUGCACCCCGGCCUUCUUCCUGUCAGGCUAGAAAUCUGAUAUAAAAACGACGCGUUAACGGUUGCUUUCAUCCAAGCGAGAACGUCAUCUAGAAGCGAGAAGCGUCAUAAUUAGACUGUUAACUAGUUCAAGUUCAAGUACCGUAUUUUUCAGAGUAUAAGUCGCACCGGUCCCUCUCUUUAAGAAGGGGGACCGGAGGGUGUGUUCCAACUAUGGUGGGAUCACACUCCUCAGCCUUCCCGGUAAGGUUUAUUCAGGUGUACUGGAGAGGAGGCUACGUCGGAUAGUCGAACCUCGGAUUCAGGAGGAACAGUGUGGUUUUCAUCCUGGUCGUGGAACUGUGGACCAGCUCUAUACUCUGGGCAGGGUUCUUGAGGGUGCAUGGGAGUUUGCCCAACCAGUCUACAUGUGCUUUGUGGACUUGGAGAAGGCAUUGGACCGUGUCCUGUGGGGAGUGCUCAGAGAGUAUGGGGUACCGGACUGUCUGAUUGUGGCGGUCCUCUCCCUGUAUGAUCAGUGUCAGAGCUUGGUCCGCAUUGCUGGCAGUAAGUCAAACACGUUUCCAGUGAGGGUUGGACUCCGCCAAGGCUGUCCUUUGUCACCCAUUCUGUUCAUAACUUUUAUGGACAGAAUUUCUAGGUGACCGCAGGAUUAGGUCUCUGCUUUUUGCAGAUGAUGUGGUCCUGGUGGCUUCAUCCGACCGGGAUCUUCAGCUCUCACUGGAUCGGUUCGCAGCCGAGUGUGAAGCGACCGGAAUGAGAAUCAGCCCCACCAAGUCCGAGUCCAUGGUUCUCGCCCGGAAAAGGGUGGAGUGCCAUCUCCGGGUUGGGGAGGAGACCCUGCCCCAAGUGGAGGAGUUCAAGUACCUAGGAGUCUUGUUCACGAGUGAGGGAAGAGUGGAUCGUGAGAUCGACAGGCGGAUCGGUGCGGCGUCUUCAGUAAUGCGGACGUUGUACCGAUCCGUUGUGGUGAAGAAGGAGCUGAGCCGGAAGGCAAAGCUCUCAAUUUACCGGUCGAUCUACGUUCCCAUCCUCACCUAUGGUCAUGAGCUCUGGGUUAUGACCGAAAGGAUAAGAUCACGGGUACAAGCGGCCGAAAUGAGUUUCCUUCGCCAGGUGGCGGUCUCUCCCUUAGAGAUAGGGUGAGAAGCUCUGCCAUCCGGGAGGAACUCAAAGUAAAGCCGCUGCUCCUCCACAUGGAGAGGAGCCAGAUGAGGUGGUUUGGGCAUCUGGUCAGGAUGCCACCCGAACGCCUCCCUAGGGAGGUGUUUAGGGCACGUCCAACCGCUAGGAGGCCACGGGGAAGACCCAGGACACGUUGGGAAGACUAUGUCUCCCGGCUGGCCUGGGAACGCCUCGGGAUCCCCCGGGAAGAGCUAGACCAAGUGGCUGGGGAGAGGGAAGUCUGGGCUUCCCUGCUUAGGCUGUUGCCCCCGCGACCCGACCUCGGAUAAGCGGAAGAAGAUGGAUGGAUGGAUAAGUCGCACCGGCCGAAAAUGCAUAAUAAAGAAGGGAAAAAACAUAUAUAAGUCGCAUUUUGGGGGGAAUUUAUUUGAUAAAACAACAGCAAGAAUAGACAUUUGAAAGGCAAUUUAAAAUUAAAAAAAAGAAUAGUGAACAACAGGCUGAAUAAGUGUAGGUUAUGUUACGUAAACAUACCAGGCACCUUCUCAGUUGGUUAUUUAUGAGUCAUUAUGGUAAGAGUCAUUCAAAUAACUAUAACAUAUAGAACAUGCUAUACCUUUACCAAACUAUUUCUCACUCCUAAUCCAUAAAUCCCAUGAAAUCUAAUACGUCUAGUCUCUUACGUGAAUGAGCGACUGUAUUUCCUUGAAUUGCCGCCGGGGCGCUGAUUAUUUUAAAACCUCUUCUCACUCCGGCACUUACCAAAGGCAUGCGGUAAAUUUAGGCCUGCGCUUAUAAAUUUGAGUAUGAUGUAAGGAUACCAUCAUGAAAAGCACGUUUAAUUAAAAAAACAUUAUUAUGGUCUUACCUUUACUUAUAAAUGAAGUCCAUGCCAGCUCCUUCUGAUCAAAAGCAUCGAUAACUUGUUUAUAAAAGUCUUCCUUAUCUUUCUGCAGUUUUAAAAGUCUCUCUGUCUCGACGGAGAUCUUCCUUUAUUACCUCCUGCUUCGAUUGAAAGUCCAGUUUAGAAAGCUGUUUUAUUUUACAUAUGUAAUCCUCCAUGUUAAAAGUGCAAGCCAGAGGAAAAAAUAAAGGAUCGCUGCUCACUCUUGCUGCUUGUUGUCACUUCUUCUGCAGCCGAGUAGUCGCAAGAAGGAUCACUAGCGCCUUCUACCACCAGGAGGCGGGAGUCAUUUAAUGACUCAUAUUUGACACACGCAGCUAUGGUAUAUUAAUAAAACAUAGCUGCUUACUGUUCUUUUUAGCAUAUUCAAUAGCUUGGACCUUAAAUCCUACUGAAUAGCUCUUAAUCUUCUUCCCUUUAUGCGAUUUCAAAUGAUUGAAAUCAGCCUCCUCCAUUUUGAAAAUGAUGACAGGUGAAGUGUCACUCGUGACGUGACAAGUUUGACCCUGUGGAAAUUCUAGUUAUAUGCUAAUUAUUUGACGAAACGAGUUUGACCCGGCAGUAAUUCUAGGCAGGCACAUACUAUAUACCCGGCGGCAAUUCAAGGAAAUACGGUAAAUAAUAUUAUUUGAUAUUUUACGGUAAUGUGUUAAUAAUUUCACAUAUAAGUCGCAACCCCGCCGGCCAAACUAUGAAAAAACUGCGACUUAUAUUCCGAAAAAUACAGUGCCAAUGAUUGUCACACACACACUAGGUGUGGUGAAAUGUGUCCUCAGCAUUUGACCCAUCCCCUUGUUCACCCCCCUGGGAGGUGAGGGGAGCAGUGAGCAGCCGCGGUAGCCACGCCCGGGAAUAAUGUUUGGGGUGAUUUAACCCCCCGAUUCCAACCCUUGAUGGUGAGUGCCAAGCAGGGAACAAUAGUUGACAACGGAGAAGAACUCUCCAAGCAAAAUAUUCCGUAACAUUCUGAGAGACCAAAUGUUUGUCCUCGUCCUUCUAAAGUUUCUACGUCAGGGCUCCCCAAACCUUUUGACUCGGAGGCCGCAUUGGGUUAAAACAAUUUCUAUGUAGAAAUUUGAGUUGUAGAAAUUCUUGGAAAGGGCAUGGCGUAGUUGGUAGAGCGGCUGUGCCAGAAACAUGAGGGUUGCAGGUUGGCUCCCCGCCUAUUGACAUCCAAAGUCGCUGCCGUUGUGUCGUUGGGCAGGACACUUCACCUUUGCCCCCCCGGUGCCAUGAUAGGUGGUGGUGGUGGUCGGAGGGGCUGUAGGCGCAAACUGGCAACCUCGCUUCCGUCAGUCUACCCCAGGUAGCUUACCACCACCUGCUGUGAGUGAAUGAUGGCUUCCCACUUCUCUGUGAGCACUUUGAGUAUCUAACAAUAGAAAAGCACGAUAUUAAAUCUAAUCCAUUAUUAUUAUUAUUAUUAUUAUAUAUAUACAUACAUAACGCUGGGAUAGGCUCCAGCACCCCCGCGACCCCAAAAAGGGACAAGCGGUAGAAAAUGUAUGUGUAUAUAUAUAUAUAUUUAUGUGUGUAUAUACAUAUAUAUAUAUAUAUAUUUGUGUAUAUAUAUAUAUAUGUAUGUCAUUAUAUUAUAUAUGUGUAUGUAUGUAUACAUAUAUUUAUGUGUGUAUAUAUACAUAUAUAUAUAUAAAUAUAUAUAUGUAUGUCAAUAUAUUAUAUAUGUGGAUAUAUAUAUAUAUAUAUAUACUGUAUUUCCUUGAAUUGCCACCGGGGCGCUAAUUGAUUUAAACCCUCUUCCCACUCCGGCGCUUACCAAAGGCAUGUGGUAAAAGUAAGCAUGCGCUAAUUAUUUUAAAACCUCUUCUCACUCCGGCACUUACCAGAGGUAUGCAGUGAAAAUUUGAGUGUGAUGUAAGCGUGGACCUUAAAUCCUACUGAAUAGCUCUUAAUCUUCUUCCCUUUAUGCGAUUUCAAAUUACCGGUAUUGAAAUCAGCCUCCUCCAUUUUGAAAAUGAUGACAGGGGAAGUGUCACUCGUGACAUCACGAGUUUGACCAGGCAGUAAUUCAAGGCAGGCGCAUACUAUAUGCCCGGCGGCAAUUCAAGGAAAUACGGUAUAUAUCAACAUGUGUGUAUAUAUAUAUAUAUAUAUAUGUGUGUAUAUAUAUAUAUAUAUAUAUAAAUAUAUAUAUAUAUAUAUAUAUAUAUGUAUAUUCAUAUGUAUAUAUAUAUAUGUAUGUAUAUUCAUAUGUAUAUAUAUGUAUAUAUGUAUGCAACCCCGUAAGGGACGAGUGCCAAUUUGCCUGAGCGGCUAGAAGACAGCGAGAGUGACAAGCAGUAGAAAAUGGAUUAGAAAGGACAGUUUUUGAAAAUUAAUCAUUUAAAAAAUAUAUAUAUUUUCUAAUUUUUUUUAAAACUUGGGACUCGGAUUUUGGCUGAGUUGGUUACCCAAGUUCUACGUGCAAUACCUCGGUUCAGAAAAUGUUGACCAUGAUUGCAGGAAAUUGCCAGAAAUGCAGCAGCACUGAGAGCGACUUAGAGCGGAAACCGUGUCGACUUCUGUAAACGUCAUGUGGGUCGGACUGCAUUCACAUUAGAAAUCGCUUUUUUUUUUUUUAUUAUUAUUUUAUUUGCAACUACAAAAAAAAAAAAACCCUAAAUGGACAUCCGACCCUGCAGUGUGAACGUAGCCUUCGAAUCAGGGAAGGACGGCUCUUCCGCAGGAGACACCCACAAUGCACUUAGGGGCAAGAGGGGCACCAAAAGCUCCAGGUGGAUUCUGGAGAUCCUGAAGUGAAACUGGACACUUUUCCCUCGUCUUGACCCGACUUUUGGAUCCAGUUGUUCCUUUUCCCCCUUAACCAUGCUUCCUAAAACCUAGACUGUUCCGCCCCUCCCCCCUCCGUUAUUUUUGUUGUUUGCUACAUGUUUUUCAACGUGAGACUCUCGUACUGUAAGAGCGACAAAAGACGGCAGACAGACCAAACCAAUCAAGUGUCGACAAAGAGGAGCUGGCGAUGCUGGUAACGUACUUCCUUCAGGGCAAUGAUGUCACUUCCUCUCAAUAAGCACACUGGCUUCCUGUUUGCAGCUGUAAGCGUGCAAAGGAUGAGAUUUUUUUCAAAGCACUCAGAAAAAGAAGAAAAGGGUUAAAAGAAAAAAAAACUGGAUGCAGUUUUAAUUUUUUUUUUUUGUUUGUUUUAUCCCCCCAUGUGGUUUUCUAGAAUGGACUGCGAGCAAUGGUCAUCAUUCUAAUUAGAAGCCAUUAAGUCAUCUUUGAAAUGAAAGAACAAAAAAAAAAUAACUUGAAAGUAUCUUUUUUUUGUAAAUAUUUUGUGAAAUGGAAAAUGAUUUGGAGGGGAGUUCCAAAUAAAAUUUAAACCAGG